CGCUCAUUCUCUUUAGGGUUUGUCAAUGUUGGAGGUGUGAGCAGCCCGGCCCGGGACAGCCAGAAACGGAGGAUGGCACACAUGAAGGCGCAGACAUCAGUUCCCGUGUGUGACUCUUCCUUUCCCUCUGUGCUUUGCCCUCCUGCCACAAGUGCCGGUCAAGUGAGUCUCCAGUCCUCUGUGAAUGGGUCUGCCACAGAAACCGCCACAGACACCAGUCCCACCGAAAGUCUGGUGGAUUCCUCAUCUUCUGGUAGCUCCCCAGGUGUGGCCACUGAAGAUGAGAAGACCAAAUUAUUGGAAGUGCCUCUCCAAGAAAACAUGACAAACCCCAAAGAGAAAACGCCGAUGUGUUUGGUGAAUGAGUUAGCCCGCUUCAAUAGGAUUCAGCCACAGUAUAAACUUCUGGAGGAGAGAGGACCGGCACAUUCCAAGUUAUUUACAGUGCAACUGACUCUCGGAGGUCAGACAUGGGAAGCCGAGAGUACCAGCAUUAAGAAAGCCCAGCAUGCGGCUGCCAGCCUAGCGCUGUCUGAAACAACACUUCCUAAACCAGCAGCCAGACAAACCAAGAACAAUAUAAACAACAACCCAGGGAGCAUAACUCCAACAGUUGAAUUAAAUGGGCUGGCCAUGAAGAGAGGGGAACCUGCUAUUUACAGACCACUGGACCCGAAACCGCUACCGAACCACCGGGCUAAUUACAAUUACAGAGGGAUGUACAACCAGAGGUACCUAUGUCCGAUGAUGAAAACCUUUUAUGUCCAGCUGACCGUUGGCAGCAGUGAGUUUUAUGGAGAAGGAAGGACGCGUCAGGCAGCAAGACACAGCGCAGCCCUGAAGGCUCUGCAGGCCCUGAGGAAUGAGCCCAUUCCAGAAAGAUCGUCAGUGGUGGGUUUGACCUUCAAGAAUGGUGAUGCAAACCGAGGAACUGAUGAAGACAAGGAUGCAAACAAAUCAGAAAUCAGCCUUGUAUUUGAGAUUUCUUUGAAGCGCAACCUUCCCCUGAGUUUUGAGGUGACUAAAGAAAGUGGCCCUCCACACAUGAAGAGUUUUGUUACCAGGGUCACGGUGGGAGAAUUCACGGCUGAAGGUGAGGGUAACAGCAAGAAGCUCGCUAAGAGGAGGGCAGCUGCCGCGGUCUUACAGGAACUCCGAACGCUCCCACCGCUUCCUAUAAUAGAAAAACCAAAACUUUACAUAAAAAGGCGACCAAAAACCAUAAUAAAGGCCUCCCCAGAAUAUGGACAGGGGAUGAAUCCGAUCAGUCGCCUGGCUCAAAUCCAACAGGCUAAAAAGGAGAAGGAACCCGAGUAUGUGCUGCUAUCAGAAAGAGGCAUACAGCGCAGAAGGGAGUUCAUUAUGCAGGUAAAAGUUGGUGAGCAUACUGCAACAGGAACGGGGCCCAACAAGAAGACCGCCAAGAGAAACUCUGCAGAAGCCAUGUUAUUGCAGCUUGGUUAUAAGGCUUCGUCUCCGGCUUCAGAUAAACCUGUGAAGACAGGUGAAAGCCAGGACUGGAAUGAACAAAACUCUGGGCCUGCUGAGCAAACAAACACCCCUAAAGGAAUUCUUCAUCUCUCCCCUGAUGUCUAUCAAGAGAUGGAAGCAAGUCGCACUAAGACGGUUCCUCCUGCGACUGUCAGCUAUUUGUCAUCCAAAGAAUUAGGCCAACAAUCCAGCUCAUUUUUUAGCACAUCUGCAACCCAGGGCUGCACAGCUGCAAUUGCUAGAGAGCUUCUAACAAAUGGAACAUCCCCAACCGCAGAAGCCAUAGGAUUCACUGGGAACAUUUUGACUGGUCCCAGUUCUACGGUGCAACCUUCCAAACAGCUUGAAUAUCUGGCUGGAAUUCAAGGCUUACAGGUAAAUUACAGCGAUCGACAAAACGGCAAUGAUUUCAUGACCUGCUUGACUUUGUCGCCAAUACAGAUGACUUUCCAUGGCAUUGGCAGCUCUGUGGAAGCCAGCCACGACCAGGCAGCUUUAAGUGCCUUGAAGCAGUUUUCAGAACAAGGACUGGAUUCGGUGGAAUGUCCUCUCAUGUCUGAAAGUGGAAAACCCUUUGAACAGGCCAAGCAUCGGGGAGAGAUGGCAGACAAUAAGCAGGCUAACUCAGGCACCACCACUCAGGACUGCAAGGAUUCAAAGGCUGUUGUCUAGGAGCUUUCCAGCAUCUUCAGCCGGCCGCCACUGCAUCCUUAUAAACCUGUCAACACGCAAUAGGGUGUAUGUGUAGAAGGAAACGAAUCACUAAUACCAUUAUACGAGUCUUAUGUGAAGACAACACUAUCCUAAAGCAAGAGAUAAUACAUUGUACUGUUUAUACAAAGUGGGGAAGAUGUCAGCUUAAGCACUUCCGCUCGCUCGCAAUCUGAGACCACAUCUUCAUUUAAUUAACUUGAAGCCGUAGAAAUCCGAUCCGACCGGUGCUUCGAGUUACAAAUUAUUACUUAAGGUGUUGAGACAAAACUAAACUUUAAAAAAAAAUGAAAAAAGAUGGGAAAGCGUUUGUGUUUGGUUUUACCUAUACGUCUAAAUCUUUUAUUUUUUUUUUUUUUUUUUUUCUCCAUCUGAUUUUAGCAUAUGCUUUGAUAUUUUAAAACUUUAACCAAUGACAGUGCUUCGUGCUUUGUGAGAGUUGUAGUUGUUGUCUUCAUAUAUAAUCACAGCUUACCUUCCGCAGUCUCCACUCUAAAGUAUAUAUAUAUAUAUAUAUAUAUAUAUAUAUAUAUAUAUAUAUAUAUAUAUAUAUGGCAUUUAGAUCAUUAUCCAGACUAACAAUAAAUCUCUGACCAACUUUUUCUUUAACCCCUUGGGUGCCAGACGUGUGCGUACAGCAUACACUCCCCGUCUGACACCCAGCGGGUUAAAAUAUGAGCAGAUGUUUGUAAGAUUAAGUCACCUUGUAACCCCAGGUUAUUUUAUCUAGUCUGCAGAAAGACCUCGUUCCCCCCUUUUUUUGUUUUAAUCGACUGCCACGCUUUUGUGUGAAGCGCAUUUACACCCAUUGUGUUGUUGGGACUCACAAUUUACAUCAACUGAGUGUUUUUAAUAACUGCAUUUUGCUCUGUGACAUCAAUUUGUCCAAUGAAGAAAUGCAUGUAUACAUUAUUAAGAAACAAUAAUAAGCCAAGCGUUAUUUGGAAGGGGCAACUGUACACCAUCAUGUUAUAAACAGUGUAUGGCCAAAUGCAGUAAAACCACAUCAGUUCAUGUUUAAA